UACCUUAUCACAUGUACGUAUGUGCUAAGUGUACCAAUAAACUUGUUAAACUGGAUGGACUGAAUACAUAAUGACUAAGCAGAAUAACGUGUAACCUUAAAAUCAUAAUACUAUAAACAUAAAUCCAUUUUUGUUCAGAGUCGUGUAUUACCAAUUUAAUAUGUGUUUGAUAUCACAUUACAACAAUGUGUGCCAAUAUAUAUUUCAGUCAAGUUAUAUGAUCUAACAAGGCAAAACCCAUACCGGUUUAACAAUUAGUAUUAUGUAACCUUAUGCUAGUAGUUUCCCUUCUAAACACUUCAUAUAAAGUUACAAGUUACUUCCCCUUUUUAUAAAAAUCCAUUAUUGUUUACAUUCACUAUGUGUCACUAGGAAAUAAGAAUUUAUCGAUAAGAAUACCUUUAUCAAGUAUAUCUGAUAAAUCUUAUAAAACGGAGUAAUCCUCAUAAUCAGAGUGUUCAUAAUAAUAGCUAACAUUAUGAAAAAUACCAAGAUUAUUAUGAAUACAAAUGUCUAGCUAUCAUACAGUAUCUGGAUGAUCUAGAAAGUGAAACUUUCGGCUGAAUAGUUUUGGUUUAAUCAUAUUCACUAGGUAAUUGGAGGAAUAUAAUACUUAAAGUGAAAAUGGGAUCUCACACCUUUGGAUAUUUUGUUUCAAUACUGACGAUUGUCCUAACAAGUAACUGUUCUUAUUGUGUCAAAUAUGAGCCAAACUGGGACUCUCUUGACUCACGACCUUUACCGACAUGGUACGAUGAAGGAAAAAUAGGGAUUUUUUUACACUGGGGGAUUUUCUCGGUCCCAAGUUUCGGCUCUGAGUGGUUCUGGAUAAGCUGGGAGCAGGGUAGCAAGAAAAUCGAGGCAUACAUGAAGAAGAACUAUAAGCCGGAUUUUACCUAUCAGGAUUUUGCCCCGGACUUCACUGUUGACUUAUUUAACCCUAACGACUGGGCAGAUUUGUUCCAAGAUGCGGGUGCAAAGUACGUUGUCUUGACGACCAAACACCACGAGGGUUUCACCAACUGGCCGUCCAACCACUCAUUCAGCUGGAACGCCAUGGACGUCGGGCCCAAGAGGGACCUUGUAGGCGAGCUGUCGACGGCCAUACGCAAGAAGACAGACAUACAUUUCGGCGUGUAUCACUCGAUGUUUGAAUGGUUUAACCCAGUGUUCUUAAAUGACCAGAAAAACGGAUUUCAUACACGUAACUUUCCACAGAGCAAGGCUAUCCCUGAGCUGUAUGAGUUAGUGAACAACUACCAGCCUGACGUGAUUUGGUCGGAUGGUGCGGUGGGAGCGGACACGUACUGGAAGUCUCCGGAGUUCCUUGCCUGGCUUUAUAACGAUAGCCCAGUGAAGGACACGGUGGUUGUUAACGACCGGUGGGGAAACAACACCAGCUGUAAACAUGGUGGCUUCCUCUCCUGUUCCGACAGGUACAACCCAGGCAAGCUACAAAAGAGAAAGUGGGAGAAUGCGUUCACGAUCGACAUGAACUCGUGGGGCCACCGGCGGGAUGCGGUCCUCUCUCAGCUACUGACUAUGGAGGAGAUAAUGGCACAACUCGUCUCCACAAUCAGUUGCGGCGGGAACGUUCUCAUCAACGUAGGUCCCACAAAGGACGGCCGAAUCGUGCCCAUAUUCGAGGAACGUCUGCGUGACCUUGGCGCCUGGCUCAAACUCAACGGAGAGGCUAUUUAUAGCACACGACCUUGGACCUACCAGAAUGACACUGUUACCCCGCAUGUCUGGUACACUGCCAAGAAGUCAUCGCAGGGCGGUCUUUCCGUGUACGCCACCUUGCUGCGGUGGCCAGACCCCGGAAACCUCUUCCUGGGCAGCCCAACCCCCACGAGUAGCACGCGCGUCACGUUGCUAGGAUACGAGGGCAAGCUCAAUUGGUCUCAGGCGAGCACCGCUCAGGGAAUUAAUGUGAACAUUCCGCUCAUACCGUUCAAUAGGAUGCCAUGUAAAUAUGCAUGGGUUUUGAAGUUUGACAAUUUGGCAUAACACUAUACUUAUACUGGACUUUAUGUUUAGUUCCUCGUAAUUCCUUAUCAUAAGACAUAAUUAUAAUGAAUUAUACAUGUUUGCUGUACUUCGUCGCUGUUUCAUUAAUGCAUUUAAAUGAUGAGAGUUGUUUUACCAUUUUGUAAACAGAACGAAUGUUACAGCAAACAAUCUUUAAAGUGUAUUUGUUUAUAAUUACGAAUAAAACAUAGAAUACUGUUCGCAUUAGGCCUGUUGAAUGCUUCUUUAUAUUAACACAUUCUGUCUGAUAACGAAACGUGUCCACGUGUACAAGAUAUCUUUGUUCAAAUUGUGUAUUCAGUACUCUGUUAAGCAUAAACAUUUGAAUGUUUCGCUGCAAUGUUGACAAAUAAUGCCACAGUUAUAAAAUUUGUUUAUAUUUUGCAUAAAACCUUCGGAAAGUAUCUGAUUUUGACAGUGGAUAUGUUAACCGACUAUAGACAUGGAGCACCUAAGAUCGAAUCCUGCAGCGGCAUAUAUAAAAAGAUAUUCCCAUUUUUUUUCAAAAUAUUUUUAUAGAAUUAACUCAUCGUCUUGAUAUGUUUGUUCUUUUUGCAUUUUUUAUGUAUACAUGUAUUUGAUUACAUCAAAACUGGAGAUUAUGAAGAUUUACGAAAGCUUUCCUAUUAUGUCUAUACUGUGAUUUUCCCGUGCUUGUUUGUUUUAUAUAUUCACUAUAAUCUAUUUUGUAUUAUUGAAUAAAUAUAGACAUAUU